GUAGUCGCGUGUCUCUUCGUGCCAAACAAUCCAACGUACGAUAGAAAAAACGUGAGAGCGUUGAUUUCCACAGCGUGUGAAGCGGCGUGUGCGUAAUGCUCUUACAAGCACAGGCGGCGCAGGCGGCUGUGCCGACGUUGGCCGCCACCGGGCACUCGGGAGGCGGCAGUGUCGGCAAGGCAGCGAGUAUUUUCAAUGGUCUCGGGCAUGCUGAGGCCAGAGCACAUAUGCUUGACUAUGCACCGGCGCCUGGAUGGACUGUGCAUGUCAACAAAGAUGGCCGACUUUAUUAUUGCAACCAUGUGACGAAAACCGCAUCGUGGUUGCCGCCGGCGGAAGCGUGGCGCGCCGGCGAGGACACACUACCCUACGGAUGGGAACGCGCCCUCGACGAUUCCGGGCGAUCCUAUUACAUAAACCAUGUGAACAAAACCACCACGUAUGAGAUGCCGGUGACGAGGGCUCUCCACCCGUCGGAAGCGCCUGAACCACGCAGUGUCACCUUGGAUCGAUCGGCGGCGUUGGGUUUCGGUUUUGUUGCCGGCUCAGAGAAACCCGUCAUUGUGCGGUUCGUCACUGAAGGUGGACCUAGUGUAGAUAAGUUAUUGCCCGGUGACCAGAUUAUUGAGGUGAAUGGUGAGGAUGUUAAGAUUGCGCCAAGGGAGCAUGUUAUUUCGUUGAUCCGGGCGUGUAGUUCAACUGUAAGUUUAGUCGUCUGUCAGCCACAGGAACAGGCCGGCGCUCGCAAGUCCACGCUGUUAUCAGCGAGCAAACGAGCGCGUCUCCGGACGAAACCAAGUCGUGUUCGAUUCGCUGAGAGCGUCUGCGUUAAUGGCGCUCCCCUAUUUCCGCCAUCAGCGUUUUCUUUGGGGGAUUUAUGCGUGGCACCAAUGGCGAAUGUUUUGAAAGUGUUUCUGGAGAAUGGUCAAACAAAAUCGUUCAAAUAUGACGCGUGGACAACUGUUCAAGAUGUCGUUGCGUCCUUGCAGGCGAAACUAUGUCUCAGCGCAACUGAGCACUUCAGUCUGGUUGUUGAGCACAUCAAAUCGCUCAAACGAAAUAAACUGACUCUACUUGAUCCGGCUGAUACUCUUGCACGAAUAGCUUCACGUCCCGGCGCGCAUAAACUUCGCUGUCUUUAUCGGAUAGCGUACGUUCCGACAUCAGCAGCAGCGUUGGCACAAUUAGACCUUGUCGCGCUGGACUAUCUCUUCACACAGUGUUGUAAUGAUGUAAUUCAGGAGCGAUUUGCACCCGAGUUGCAAUACGAUACGGCUCUACGACUUGCCGCACUGCAUGUCUAUCAACAUGCGCUUGCGAAUAACAUGCAAGCGUCAAAACUCACCGUUAAAACUGUCGAGCGUGAGUUUGGUCUGGAGCGCUUCGUGCCCGCUUCACUACUCGAGAAAAUGAAACGUAAAGAAGUGCGGAAAUUAGUGGCGCAUUUCCUUAAACUGCACUCGACUAUGGCGGGUCCCGGCAAACAAUUAACUGCCUUACAGGCAAAACUUCAUUAUUUGGACAUUGUGAGUCAGUUACCGAGCUACGGAGCCAAGUGCUUCUCAGCGGGGCCCAAAGCGGACGUCAUGGAGCGAGUGAUACUCGUUAGUCCCAAGUUUGGCAUUAGUCAAAUUACAGGAUCACGCAAUUCAGUGCCACAACCAAUCGCCAACAUUGAAGAUAUACGCAGUGUGGAAGUGCGUGCCGAAGAUGAACUCAUGCACAAUGUGUGUAUUCAUCUCAAAAACGACCAAAUUGUUUCCGUCACCUUGGAGGAACGUGAUGCUAAUGAAUUAGUACUUGUUCUCAAAGGUUACUAUCGCUUAUCGACCGAAAACAAUCUCAUAGUGGAGAAAGAAGAGUCUGAAGUUUUGGAAGACUUAGCGCCGCCAUAUUUAAGCCAGCACAAGGUCGUCCCCGAUAGGUGGAGUUAUCUGAAUCAGCAACAGGUAAAAAGUGUCAUGUUUACAAUCCCGCCGACAUAUCAACAUCUCAAUCGAAAGACCAAUGGGUUGUACAACACGAUGGGAAGGCAAUCUAAGCCUCUGCUGACAGGUUUUAGUCUUGAUAGUAACAUGAACAGUUCGAUUGUGAAGAAUAACGAGAUCAAGCGCGACGUGACGAUUUACGAAGCGAAAAAUGAUUUUCUACGCGAGCAGUUGAAGUCCAGCGCUGAGUGGCAGGAGACUUCUGUUGAUAUUGAAAGCGAUACAGAUAGUCUCCCAACUGAAGAGCAUACACUCCGCCAUAGUGACUCUCUUUUACUAUUGGCUAAAGGUGCAAAGGAGGAUUCUGAACAUCUACAAUUUACUAAUGCAGCGAUAGAAAUGUUAAGAUCAGAGGUGAAUUACUCUGAGAGUGAUAACGAUUCAGUUUACACUCCGCAUAAUUCCCCCAAGCAUUUAAAUAAUGGCGGUGAUAGUGAAAUUGCAAAUGGCGGAAAGUCACGCAUUAGUUUUGGUCUGCAUAGUCCUGAUAGUUCCACGAAUUGUGGAAGUCAAGGACAGGAGAGUCAAGAAUUGCGUGCGUAUUUAGAAAAAUUGAAACAAAGUGAAUCCUCGCGGGUGAAUGAUGAUGUUAAUUUAUAUUUUGACCCGGAUAUUAUUGACCUGACAAUGCUGCCUCCCCCUGGAACUCCUGAUGAAUUAGACGGAGCGUUACCUCCCGCUAUAGACGUCCCGCCGCAUUCUUUUGCUGAUUCAAUGGAGAAAUUGAACAAAUUGGGUGUGUUGCAUGAGAAUUUAGACUUGGAGGAGUUUCUUGCAAGUGUGACAAUACUUCCGCCCACAUUGAAAGUCACGCCUGCUGUUGAGUUAACCCCCGAAGAGAUAAUGUCGUAUAUUAUCCCUCCGCCGCCGGAUAUCCGCGAAAGUCCGGAAGUUCCGCCCAAACCGCGCCGGGCCAGCGCUGGCACCGGCACGUUUUCUUGUUGUGGUGGUGGUGGUGAUAAGAAUAGUGAUGAUGGAGUUGUUGCAUUACCACCACGGCGGGGAUCCAUUGAGGAAAAACCUCCCGAUCGUCCACCGAAAACUGUCGCGGAACGACAGAGGUCUCAGUCGAUGUUGUCAACAUUUAAAGACUUUAAGGUAUCUAAGGAGGUUCCACCUAAAUUACCGCCACGUGCAGAUGACAGUAGUCAACUUGGGCAAGCGCAUUUGUUUCUUCCACCUAAGAAACCUCCAUUGCCGCCAUUACCGCCAUUAGAAGUACUCAGAAGUCGUAAGAAUACGUUGUCGCAGACUAAAACCACUCCGGAAGUACGAACGGCCGGCAUUGGCUCGCCACACCUUCAACGCAAUAAGAAUAUGUAUAAUGAUCUUGACUUGGAUGCUGAGAGUAAUGUCAAAGUGGGUUGCACGGCAGUUAGUACACCUACAUCACCAUUUUUAGGCCGCGGUGCACUGUUCACCGCGAUACCCAUAGAUUCCCCCGAUGGUCCCCGUAUUACUACCACCACUACCGAGUACGUGAACAACGUUAACCAGUACGGUAGAAAGGACCUCAAUAACGGCCACCAUCUGCAUUACCAGCAUCACCAUCAUCACCAACAGCAGGUGGUAGCUGCAGUUGCAUCCAAUGUUAGAGACGUUAGUUGUAGCCGUAUCAGCACGACCAACUCCUGCAUGUCCAGUCGUGAGAACCUUCUCCAAAAAACCGACGCAGCGAUGGCGAGCCUCCUAACUAGAUUAGAUCAAGUGGCUGCGCAGUGUCAUAGUGCUCAAGCGCAAGGAGGUGGCCGGCAUAUGUCCGAGGAGAAGUUUCAAACGGCGAAAGAUGAACUCACCACACAGUCACUCCAACUGGUCCAUUCCAGUAAGAUGUUGGUGAUUGCCAUGUCCGAUACCACCCUGCCGGACCUCCCCGAGCAUUUGGCGGUGUGUUUGACUAUUCUUCGGCGUCUCACAGAGCUGUGCGCUGAUUUAGCUGAUCAUACCACUGCUCCGCUCCAAACACGCAAUCUUGUGCUCAAAGUUCAUGAUGUUACUGGAGCGUUCCGCCAUCUUGUCGGUACCAAUAUUGAUCGUACAUCACCAGCUACCAUUGAAGAGCAUCUCGCAGGCGAAGCAGAGUCCCUUGCCGGCGUACUCACGACUCUUCUACGGAGUCUACGCGUUUUUUCGCCAUAGCAAAACGCCAAUCUAGUCUGAAUGGGAAUCAUCACAAUCAUCUCACCAAAUAUUAAGCGCUCAAUGUUUUAACAAAUUAAAGCCAAGUCUGAUAUGCGACAAUUCACCUCCAUCUACUUCACUCCCAGACAGUUUUACAACAAAUGCCAAAACUAACAAAGUUUACACAUGUAAGAGAUUGUUUGGGAUUUAAUUUUACAUGUAUAUAUAUGAUAUCAAAGGAAAUUCUUAAGAAUUCAAAAAACUAUAAUGUGAUAAUAUCGACAAUUUGAUUAUAAUUGUUUUAAAUAUGCUUAAAAAUCAAAAUAUCAUCAAAUGCAAAUAUCAACAACCUCUAGUCAAGAUAUUAUGAUAAUAUUGAACAUUUGUUGAGUGAAAUGUGAGGAAGUACAAGUUUAAACUAAGUUACCUAUUGAUAUUGUAUAUUAAUUUCGAUUUGUUUACGUUAUAUGUGUCUGACAUUUCACUUGCGCCCAGUUUAUCAAUUGUUUUGUUUGUAAU